AUGCAAGCGCAACCAUGGACACGUCCACAAUUGUAUCAUCAGAAUACAGGCGAAGCGUCGAAAAAAUGUGCGAAACGGCAUCAGCUGGAAGAGAAGAGCGCGUGCAAUUUUAGACUGCAUACGAAGCUACCACGGUUCCUAGAGGUGAUAUUAUCAAACAUUGGUAAUCGCGGCUCAAUGUGCAUUAUUGAUCUCGCGCAGCACACUGCACCGCUACGCUUGACAUGGCGCAAUCAGGAAUUGACAGCCGUUUGGUUGCGACAAGACAGAUCGAACAUCCGCCAGAAUCGUCAGGUUCUGAGACGCUCGCUGCAGCGAGAGGAUGUUUAA